AUGGUAUGGUUGGAGUUGGCAAUUGUUCCUCAAAAACAAUCAGAUGGGUAUGAGCAUGAGAAAAGCAAUGGAGAGGGUGAUGAAAUGGAUGAUAGGGAGGAGUUGGCGGCUGUUACACCAGUUGAAGAAACAGUUGUCAAUGUUGAGUGGGAUGAUGGUAUUGAUAUGCGUUUGAAUCAAGAAUUUGCUACUAAGAAUGAAGUGAGAGAUUUAGUGGACAAAGGAGUGCAUUCGAAUUAUGGUAUGUACGAUCCAAAUACUAUCAUAAAUUUGGUGAAGAACAAACUAGGUGUUAAGGUUUCAUAUUCUACGGCUUUGAGAGGGAAACACCAAGCUGUCAAUGAUCUGCGUGGCAACCCUGAGGAGAGUUUUGCUAGACUGCCAUCUUACUUGUACAUGUUAGAAAGGAUGAAUCAUGAUACCAUUACACGAUUAGUAGUGGAUGAGACUAAUCAGUUUAAGUAUAUGUUCUUUGCGCUCGGAGCUUGCAUCGAAGGGUUUAAGGCGAUGAGAAAAGUGAUAAUAAUGGAUGGAACUCACCUGAAGGGUGUGUAUAAAGGAGUGCUUCUCAUUGCUACUGCUCAGGAUCCAGACCAUCAUCAUUAUCCCCUCGCUUUUGCGGCAGUAGAUGGUGAGAAAAAUGUGAGCUGGGAGUGGUUUUUGACUAUAUUGAAAACUUUGAUACCAGAUGAUCCUCAGCUUGUAUUUUGUACUGAUAGAAACCAAAGCAUCAUCAAGAAAGUACACGAGGUUUACCCAAUAGCGAUCCAUGGAUAUUGCGAUUAUCACUUGUCUAAUAAUGUCAGCAUAGCAUGCAGCAGUGUUAACAAGAAAGGGGUUGCCAAAAAGUUUAGAAAAACUGCUGGUAUGUACAUAGAGAUAGAGUUCAGGAAAUGCUACAAUGAUUUCAGGAGCAUGUAUCCUCAAGCCGCCGACUAUCUAGAUGACAGUGUUCAUGAGACCAAAUGGGCAAGAUGUAAAUUUCCGGGAGAAAGGUACAACAUAGAUACAACCAACACUGUUGAAUCUAUCAAUGGUGUUUUAAAGGGACCAAGGAAAUAUGCGUUGUUGCCAAUGAUUGAUGUGGUGGUGGGGAAGAUUGUAGAAUGGUUUAACAAAUAUCGACAAUUAUCUUUACGUGUACCAGAGAGGCAGAUACUAGUCCCACACGUGCAUGGGAUAUUGCAUCACAAUUAUCCGAAGGCAAAAAAGCUCGAGGUGAGGGAGCUAAAUAGAUUUGAACGUCAUUACAAUGUGAUUGGGAAGGAUGCUGCCAUCAUGUCGCGUGGAGAAAUGGCUGAACAUUAUUGUUCUAGGUAUUACUGGAUGGAGCAGUGGACUUUGGCAUAUUAUAGGACAAUAUAUCCAGUUCCUCAUCAUUCAUCAUGGGAAAGUUACAGAAUUCCUGAGGAAAUCCGAUCUCAGGUUGUCUUCCCUCCGUAUGUGGAGAAAAAAAAGGAAGACUACAAGUUACUAGAUUCCCAAUCUGCAGGAGAAUAUCGGAGGAAGAAAAAGAAGAGCUAUCCACCAUUGGUUGGUGAGAAUGACGGAAGUGACAGCGAUGAAAGUGGCAGCGAAGGAAGUGGCAGCGCAAGAAGUGGCGACAAGGGAGGUGACAACUAA